AGGAGGACAGCUAAUCUGACCGGACCGGAUAAUUUGUGGUUAAUCCGCUAACCCGGUUUGAUCCAUUUGGGUCUCCUUCCUUCCCUUCAAGGACCCAAAAAUGUUCAUCCGGGGCCAAACUCUGCCCCCCACCCCACUUCUUGUAUAAUUCCGUUCGUUCUUAACUACUUUUUAUUGUUCUUCAACCAUAUUUGUUCCCUCCGUCUCGGCUUCUUUUCCGGCAACGGCGUAGGGUUGAUUCACAGAUAGAUUGUCAACUGAAUUGGGCAGCUGAAGAUAUACUUGAGUAAUCAUACGCCUAGAGUUUCUUGUUAGAGCGAGAUUAAAGCUUGAAAUUGGCAGAGCGGGAGAUAGCAGAAGCAUCACUCCGAAUCCUCAGGGUGGGCCGAGAUUGGACGACACGCGCCACUCCAUGGCGCAAGUGAGGAAGUAUGACAGUUGGAUUGGAAGUGAGGAGGGGCCUUUGGAAACCCUAUGAAUAAAAAUUUGAAGAGUUGAAGAGCGGGGUUCGUCCACUCGCCCGGCCUCUCGCGUGAGAUUUCCAGCUUCUGGCCAACUUGAGAAGGGCACCUUCUUUCAUGUAAUCAGAGUUUAAGGUACUGCUGAAAAUCAUCAGGCUGAAAGCUGUUGUCAUCAUGGACAUAGAUCUAAGGUUACCUUCUGGUGACCACGAUAAGGAUGAAGAACAAAAUACAAUUGCUGACAUAUUGGAAGAUGAAGAAAAAUUGCAUACCGGCGAUCUAGAAGGCCAGAAUAUGGUUGGUGCCAGUGUUGAUGCGCAUGCUCUAGAUAGUGGAGAUUUGAAUUCAUCUACAGUGGAUAUGGCGAUAUUUAAGGAAGAGACAAAUCUUGAGCCCCUUUCUGGCAUGGAAUUUGAGUCUCAUGGGGAAGCUUAUUCUUUCUACCAAGAAUAUGCAAGGUCAAUGGGAUUCAACACUGCAAUACAAAAUAGUCGCCGUUCGAAAACAUCGAGAGAAUUUAUAGAUGCAAAAUUUGCUUGUUCCAGGUAUGGGACAAAAAGAGAGCAUGACAAAUCAUUCAAUCGACCCCGUGCCCGACAGAACAAGCAAGAUGCUGAAAAUUCAACUGGUCGAAGAUCUUGUUCUAAGACUGAUUGUAGAGCAAGCAUGCAUGUAAAAAGAAGGCCUGAUGGAAAAUGGGUAAUACAUAGUUUUGUGAAGGAGCAUAAUCAUGAGCUUUUACCAGCACAAGCUGUCAGUGAGCAAACAAGAAAAAUGUACGCUGCAAUGGCUAGACAGUUUGCUGAAUACAAAACUGUGGUUGGUCUUAAGAAUGAGAAAAGUCCAUUUGACAAAGGCCGGAAUUUGGGCCUGGAGUUGGGGGAUGCGAAGCUUCUACUUGAUUUUCUGGUGCAGAUGCACAGUAUGAAUUCAAACUUCUUUUACGCGGUAGAUAUUGGUGAGGAUCAACGUCUGAAAAAUGUUCUAUGGAUUGACGCUAAAAGUAGGCAUGACUAUAUGAACUUUUGUGAUGUAGUUUCUUUUGACACCAUCUAUGUUAGAAACAAAUACAAGUUACCCCUUGCGGUUCUUGUUGGAGUAAAUCAUCACUAUCAAUUUAUACUGCUUGGGUGUGCCUUAAUAUCAGAUGAAAGUGCUGCUACUUAUUCUUGGCUAAUGCGGACAUGGCUGAAAGGAGUUGGUGGCCAUGCUCCGAAAGUGAUCAUCACUGACCAUGACAAGGCAUUAAAGUCAGUUAUUUUAGAUGUCUUUCCUAAUGCUCGUCACUCCAUGUGUUUAUGGCAUGUGUUGGGGAAGGUGUCUGAAAAUCUAUCUCGUGUAAUUAAGCAACGUGAGAAUUUUAUGGCAAAAUUUGAAAAAUGCAUCUAUAGGUCAUGGACAAACGAUGAGUUUGAGAAGAGGUGGUUGAAAAUUGUUGAUAGGUUUGGACUCCAAGAGGAUGAAUGCAUGCAGUCCUUGUAUGAAGAUCGCAAGUUAUGGGUGCCAACAUUCAUGAGGGAUAUUUUCUUAGGUGGUUUGUCCACCGUCCAGCGAUCAGAAAGUGUGAAUUCAUUCUUUGAUAAAUAUGUACAUAAGAAGACCUCUGUGCAAGAUUUUGUCAAGCAGUAUGAAGCAAUCUUGCAAGACAGGUAUGAAGAGGAAGCAAAAGGUGAUUCUGAGACAUGGAAUAAAGGGGCAACAUUAAAAACUCCUUCACCAUUGGAGAAGAGUGUUGCAGGGAGUUACACACAUGCAGUGUUCAAGAAGAUUCAAGUCGAGGUUAUCGGUGCAGUUGCUUGUCAUCCUAAAGCUGAAAGACAGGAUGAUGCAGGCAUUACUUACAAGGUUCAUGAUAUGGAAAAGAAUCAAGACUUCAUUGUUGUGUGGAAUGAAAUUAAAUCUGAAGUGUCAUGCAUAUGUCGGUUAUUUGAAUAUAGAGGUUUUCUUUGUCGACAUGCAUUGAUUGUUCUUCAAUAUUCUGGCCUUUCGGUAAUCCCAUCCCGAUAUAUCUUGAAACGGUGGACGAGAGAUGCUAAAGAUAGACAAACAAUGGGAGAAGAAUCCGAACAUGUACUGGCUAGGGUACAACGAUACAAUGAUUUAUGUCGGCAAGCAAUGAAGUUGAGUGAAGAGGGAUCUCUAUCUCAAGACAGUUAUAGUAUUGCAUUCCAUGCGUUACGUGAAGCAUACAAAAGUUGUGUGACUGUGAACAAUUCUAGCAAGAGUCCUACCGAAGUUGUCAUGUCAGCUAGUCACAGUCAGCUCUCUGCUGAAGAAGAUACCCAGAGUAGAAAUAUGGGCAAGACAAACAAAAAGAAAAAUCCAACUAAAAAGAAAAAGCUGAACUCCGAAUCUGAAGUCAUGACAGUUGGGGCACAGGAUAACAUGCAGCAAAUGGACAAAUUCAACGCAAGGGCAGUAACCCUAGAUGGUUAUUAUGGCUCUCAACAGAGCGUUCAGGGAAUGUUGAACUUGAUGGGACCAACACGUGAUAAUUAUUAUGGGAAUCAACAGACAAUUCAGGGGCUGGGACAGUUAAGUUCCAUACCAACAAGCCACGAUGGUUACUAUGGUGCUCAUCAAAGCAUGCCUGGUCUGGCACAGCUUGAUUUUUUCCGUGCAUCAACAAAUUUCACUUAUGGCAUUCGGGAUGAUCCAAAUGUAAGACCGACACAAUUGCAUGAGGACCCAUCAAGACAUGCAUGAGUGUGUGUAACAUAAUACAGAAUAUCUUUUUGUUGGGGUAAAUCUGCCCUGUGAAAUUUUUACUGCUUGGGUGUGCCUUAAUAUCAGAUGAAAGUUGCAACAUGAUACAAAUAUCUGUUGUUUAUUAUAGAUCAUGUUUAUAAAUGGUAGAAGGGUUUGGUGUUGAAAAUCUUGUAGAGGUAGUUGGUUGUAUUGUAGUUCUGAUUCUUUAGGCCGCUUGUCAAGCUGUAAUCAGAGUAUUGUAGGUUGUCAUGAAAAUUUUCAAAUGUUCUUCAUUUUCCAUUAGUUCAUUUAUGGCCACUUUCUUUA